AUUUUUGGAGGAUUUAUUGUUUGUUUUCCACAAAGCUGGUCGGGGAGGCAAAGAACAGCUCCAACGGUAAAAUUUGAUUAAUGAUGAGAACGCUAUCUCAGACAUUUCGCUCUGUCAAACGCCCAAUUCCAAACCCUAAAUCAUCCAAAUCUUCCUCCCCUACAAAAUCCGAAUUCAAAAUCAACGCCAAACCAAAAUCAGACUCAUGGUGUGUUUAUCUCAUUCUCUCCACCAACCUCCCAAUCAAAACAUACGUUGGCGUCACAACCAAUUUCCCUCGCCGUUUAAGACAGCAUAAUGGUGAACUUAAAGGUGGUGCAAAAGCUUCCCGUGCUGGAAGGCCAUGGGUUUGUGCAUGUAUUGUUUGUGGUUUUACAGACCGAAGUGAAGCUUGUGUAUUUGAAUCGAAAUGGAAAGCUUUGACACGGAGACUUCCACGCAAAAAUCAAAAUGGAGAACCCUCCAAGCAAAGCAAAGAUCCGUCACGCCCACUGCUGCAACACAGACAAGCUGCUUUAAAUAGAGUGAAAACCUCACUUGACUGCACAAACUUAGAAAUUAAUUGGCAUUUGGAUCCACUUUGAUUCAGCUACCACGAUGUAAGUAUCUUAAUUAAAUAACUGUAAUAUAUUCAAAUGGCAAAACAUAGGCUAAAUAUUUAACACCAACUGUACCAUACACAAUUAUUGAUUGUUUUAAUAAAAGAUUUAUGUAUAUUUGAAAACCCGAGAUCCUUGAGUAUGAAGGACGCUUCUCCUUUUUUAUAGAAAAAUUUGUGUAUGCAAUAUCAUUGUAAAGACUAAAGAGUAUAAAAAUUCAAGAAGACAUCACAUCAUUGUCUGUUGUGACUGACUUGGUCAAUAUAUUAGUUGCAUUAUCUGAAGUAUGAUUAUUUUCAAAUAAUAUAUAUUCUAAUGCAAGUAACUCUCUCAUAUUAUGAUACCUCAUAUCAAUAUGUUUGGUUCUUUCAUGACACACUUGAUUAUUUAACAAAUAAAUGACACUCUGACAAUCCCAAUGGAUAUGAACUCCACUUUGCUUAACACAGAGUUUCCUAAUCAAUCUUAUAAUAUGUUUCGUUUGGGAACUAGAAAUGGAUACAGUUGGAGAACUGAUGAUCUUGAAUGGUGGCUCUAAUAUCUUUUACGGUGACGCAGGGUGGACCUGCAUGGUUAGCUCUCCAAUGUCCAAAUCAGUUCAAAAUUUAAGAUGAGUAUAGUGAAAAAUGGAAAUCAGAGAUUUUACAUUUCUUUACAUGUGAACUGAUUUUUUAUACCUUGGAUCAUGUAGAGUGGAUCUAAAAUGGAUUAACCUUGGUCAUUUGGGCCUUUGACUGGUCUAGAAUAAUUGUCGCAAAGGCUUUGUCGGGCACUUAAGGAGUCGGAGAAAGCCUUAACUAAUGCAGGCCGACCUCUAAGACGGGGUCCGGUGUGAUGUGGGUUUGAAACGCUUUGGAAUCAGUUAAAAAGUAGUGGGGG